UAGCAGCAGCAGCACGUUACGGGCCGCCCUCACGUGUUUCACCGGCUCCACCUCCCCCGUUCCCCGCAGCCGCCGCCUGGUAGUGUGGCUCGGUGAGUGGGGCUCGGUCCCGCCGGCGGCAGUGCGCGGUGUGUGAUUGGGCGGAGGAGGAGGGGCUGGGCCGGGAAGCAGUGUGCGGCUCUGGCUGGGGAGAGCCCGCAGUGAUUGUCGCCCGGGAGCCGCCGAUGCCGGAGCUGAUGCCCGGGCUGUAGCUCUGCCUCCAUUGUUUGAUGUCCGCCCGGCUGCACGGCCAGGACAGUCUCCGGGGGGCAGCCAGCUGAACAAAGAGGGGGACACGGAGUGUGUGCGGGGGUGAUUGGCCGGACCUUCCUCCGGACACAACAUGAGCAGCUCCAGCACCAACAGCUCCGGGAGCAGCGCUAACACCGCCAGCAGCCAUGCCACGGCCGCCGGCAGCAGCGGAGCCAACACCGGGGAGGGCGCGGAGGAGACUAAAGACUCGGCAGACAUAGUCGCCUUCUACCGAUCCGGAUUUCGAAAGAACGAUGAAUUAAAGGCUAUGGAAGUAUUGCCAAUUUUAAAAGAAAAAGUUGCAUACCUAUCAGGUGGCAGAGAUAAACGAGGAGGUCCUGUUUUAACAUUUCCAGCUCGCAGCAAUCAUGAUAGAAUACGACAAGAGGAUCUGCGUCGGCUCAUAUCCUACUUGGCGUGUAUUCCAAGUGAAGAGGUCUGCAAACGAGGAUUCACGGUAAUUGUAGAUAUGCGUGGGUCGAAAUGGGACUCUAUUAAGCCAUUGCUGAAGAUUUUACAAGAAUCCUUCCCUUGUUGUAUUCAUGUUGCACUAAUUAUAAAGCCAGAUAACUUUUGGCAGAAACAGAGGACUAAUUUUGGCAGUUCGAAAUUUGAAUUUGAGACGAGCAUGGUAUCUUUAGAAGGCCUUACCAAAGUAGUUGACCCAUCCCAGCUAACCCCUGAAUUUGAGGGUUGUUUGGAGUACAAUCAUGAAGAGUGGAUAGAAAUCAGACUGGCAUUUGAAGAUUUCAUUAGCAAUGCAACUCAUAUGCUCUCUAGAUUGGAGGAGCUACAGGAGAUGCUUGCAAACAAGGAGUUGCCUCAGGAUUUAGAGGGGGCACGCAACAUGAUUGAGGAACACUCUCAGAUGAAAAAGAGGGUUAUAAAGGCUCCAAUUGAAGACCUUGACUUAGAAGGACAGAAACUCUUGCAGAGAAUACAGAGCAGUGAAAGCUUUCCGAAAAAGAACUCUAGCUCGGGGAAUGCUGAUCUCCAGAAUCUUCUACCCAAAGUAUCCACCAUGUUAGAUAGACUCCACUCCACCAGGCAGCACCUUCACCAAAUGUGGCAUCUGAGAAAAGUAAAACUGGACCAGUGCUUUCAAUUGAGGCUAUUUGAGCAAGAUGCUGAAAAGAUGUUUGACUGGAUUACUCAUAACAAAGGUCUAUUUUUGACAAGUUACACUGACAUUGGUACCAGUCACAAACACGCAAUGGAGCUUCAGACGCAACACAAUCAUUUUGCAAUGAACUGUAUGAAUGUGUAUGUAAAUAUUAACCGUAUCAUGUCAGUGGCCAAUCGGCUUGUGGAGUCUGGACAUUAUGCCUCACAGCAAAUUAAACAGAUUGCAAAUCAGCUGGACCAGGAGUGGAAGGCCUUUGCGGCAGCCCUGGAUGAACGCAGCACAUUACUUGAUAUGUCUGGUGUCUUCCACCAAAAGGCUGAGCAGUACAUGAGCAAUGUUGAUUCAUGGUGCAAGGCUUGUGGUGAGGUGGAGCUUCCGUCAGAGCUGCAAGAUCUAGAAGAUGCCAUACACCACCACCAAGGAAUAUAUGAACAUAUUACCCUGGCUUACUCUGAGGUGAGUCAGGAUGGGAAAUCUCUGCUAGACAAACUUCAAAGACCUUUGACUCCUGGUAGUUCUGACUCACUGACUGCUUCAGCAAACUACUCUAAGGCUGUGCACCACGUUUUAGAUGCCAUCCAUGAAGUAUUACAUCACCAGCGACAACUUGAAAAUAUCUGGCAGCACCGGAAAGUUCGCUUGCAUCAGCGACUACAGCUCUGUGUUUUCCAACAGGAUGUUCAACAGGUGUUGGACUGGAUUGAAAACCAUGGAGAAGCCUUCUUGAGUAAGCACACCGGUGUAGGUAAAUCCUUGCAUCGGGCCCGUGCUUUACAGAAACGGCAUGAAGACUUUGAAGAGGUUGCUCAGAACACCUACACAAAUGCUGACAAGUUGCUGGAGGCUGCUGAGCAGUUGGCUCAAACAGGAGAGUGUGAUCCUGAAGAAAUAUACCAAGCAGCUCAUCAGCUAGAGGACCGGAUUCAGGAUUUUGUUAGGAGAGUUGAACAACGAAAGAUUCUCUUGGACAUGUCUGUAUCAUUUCACUCACAUGUAAAGGAGCUGUGGACAUGGCUGGAGGACCUGCAAAAGGAACUGCUGGAUGAUGUCUAUGCAGAGUCUGUGGAAGCAGUCCAGGAUUUAAUCAAACGCUUUGGGCAGCAACAACAGACGACACUGCAGUUUACAGUCAAUGUAAUAAAAGAAGGGGAAGACCUGAUCCAACAGCUAAGAGAUUCUGCUAUAUCCAACAAUAAGACUCCGCAUAACAGCUCAAUCAAUCAUAUUGAGACUGUGCUGCAGCAGCUAGAUGAGGCCCAGUCUCAGAUGGAGGAGUUAUUCCAAGAACGGAAAAUAAAGCUUGAACUCUUCCUGCAGCUGCGCAUCUUUGAGAGGGAUGCUAUUGACAUCAUUUCAGACCUGGAGUCUUGGAAUGAUGAACUCUCUCAGCAAAUGAAUGACUUUGAUACAGAGGAUCUUACACUUGCAGAACAAAGGCUACAGCAUCAUGCUGACAAAGCCCUUACUAUGAACAACCUGACAUUUGAUGUCAUUCACCAAGGACAAGAGCUGCUACAAUAUGUCAACGAAGUUCAGACAUCAGGAGUUGAACUGCUUUGUGACAGAGAUGUAGAUAUGGCCACACGAGUUCAAGAUUUGCUCGAGUUCCUUCACGAGAAACAGCAGGAGCUUGACCUGGCAGCCGAACAGCAUCGCAAACAUCUUGAGCAGUGUGUGCAGCUGCGCCACCUGCAGGCAGAAGUGAAACAGGUGCUAGGUUGGAUCCGCAAUGGGGAAUCUAUGCUAAAUGCUGGACUCAUCACAGCUAGUUCUCUGCAAGAGGCAGAACAGCUUCAGCGGGAACAUGAGCAGUUCCAGCAUGCUAUAGAGAAAACUCAUCAGAGUGCCCUUCAAGUACAGCAGAAGGCAGAAGCCAUGUUGCAAGCGAACCAUUAUGACAUGGAUAUGAUCCGAGACUGCGCUGAAAAAGUAGCCUCUCACUGGCAACAGUUGAUGUUAAAAAUGGAAGACCGUCUCAAGCUUGUCAAUGCAUCCGUAGCCUUUUAUAAAACAUCAGAGCAGGUGUGCAGUGUUCUAGAAAGCUUGGAGCAAGAGUACAAACGUGAGGAAGACUGGUGUGGUGGUGCCGACAAGCUGGGUCCUAAUUCUGAAACUGACCAUGUCACGCCAAUGAUCAGCAAGCAUCUCGAACAAAAAGAAGCUUUCUUAAAGGCCUGUACAUUGGCACGAAGAAAUGCUGAUGUCUUCCUCAAGUACUUGCACAGGAACAGUGUUAACAUGCCAGGAAUGGUGACUCAUGUAAAAGCCCCUGAACAACAAGUGAAAAAUAUAUUGAAUGAGCUGUUUCAAAGAGAAAAUAGGGUACUUCAUUAUUGGACCUUGCGGAAGAGGCGACUAGACCAUUGCCAGCAGUAUGUGGUCUUCGAAAGAAGUGCUAAGCAGGCCCUGGAGUGGAUCCAUGACAAUGGGGAGUUUUACCUAUCCACCCAUACUUCUACUGGCUCCACCAUUCAGCACACACAAGAGCUGUUAAAGGAACAUGAAGAGUUUCAGAUUACAGCAAAGCAAACCAAAGAAAGGGUAAAGCUGUUGAUACAGCUGGCUGACGGCUUUUGUGAAAAAGGACACGCUCACGCAGCAGAAAUUAAAAAAUGUGUUACAGCAGUGGACAAGAGGUACAGAGACUUCUCUCUGCGCAUGGAGAAAUAUAGAACAUGCUUAGAAAAGGCUCUUGGAAUUUCAUCUGAUUCCAACAAGUCGAGUAAAAGUCUGCAAUUGGACAUAAUUCCUGCAAGUGCUCCUGGUUCUGAAGUUAAGCUACGUGACGCAACUCAUGAGCUCAAUGAAGAAAAAAGGAAAUCUGCUCGACGAAAAGAGUUCAUUAUGGCUGAACUUAUUCAGACUGAGAAAGCAUAUGUCAGAGAUCUCCGGGAAUGCAUGGAUACUUAUCUGUGGGAAAUGACAAGCGGAGUUGAAGAAAUCCCACCUGGCAUUGUAAACAAAGAGCACAUUAUCUUUGGAAACAUGCAGGACAUAUAUGAAUUCCAUAACAAUAUAUUUUUGAAGGAGCUGGAGAAAUAUGAGCAGUUACCUGAAGAUGUUGGACACUGUUUUGUCACUUGGGCUGACAAGUUUCAGAUGUAUGUUUCUUACUGCAAAAAUAAGCCGGAUUCCACACAAGUGAUCUUAGAACAAGCGGGACCAUAUUUUGAUGAAAUUCAACAUCGUCAUGAAUUGGCCAACUCAAUCUCCUCUUACCUUAUCAAGCCAGUACAGAGGAUAACAAAGUAUCAGCUUCUUUUAAAGGAGCUGUUAACAUGCUGUGAAGAAGGAAAAGGGGAGAUUAAAGAUGGAUUAGAGGUGAUGCUUAGUGUACCCAAAAGAGCCAAUGAUGCCAUGCAUCUUAGCAUGUUGGAAGGUUUUGAUGAAAACAUUGAAACUCAGGGAGAACUGAUUCUGCAGGAGUCCUUUCAAGUAUGGGACCCUAAAACCUUGAUUCGAAAGGGCCGGGAGAGGCAUCUUUUCCUAUUUGAAAUGUCUCUAGUCUUCAGCAAAGAGGUGAAAGAUUCAAGUGGACGAAGCAAGUACAUUUACAAGAGUAAAUUAUUUACCUCAGAGCUUGGAGUCACAGAGCAUGUGGAGGGUGAUCCUUGUAAAUUUGCACUCUGGGUGGGCCGAACACCAUCAUCUGACAACAAGAUAGUUCUUAAGGGAUCCAGUAUUGAAAACAAACAAGACUGGAUUAAACAUAUACGAGAAGUGAUCCAAGACAGAACAAUUCAUCUGCGAGGCGCCUUGAAAGAACCAAUUCAUAUACCCAAAACAGCAGCAACCACAAAACAGAAAGCCAGCCGAAGAGAUGGAGAGGACCUGGACAGUCAAGGAGAUGGCAGUAGCCAACCUGAUACAAUAUCUAUUGCAUCAAGAACCUCUCAAAACACUUUGGACAGUGAUAAGCUUUCUGGUGGAUGUGAGUUGACUGUGGUCAUCCAUGACUUUACUGCUUGUAACAGUAAUGAGCUUACCAUUCGACGAGGUCAGACGGUUGAGGUACUAGAACGACAGCAUGAUCGACCUGACUGGUGUUUAGUUCGAACCACGGACAGAUCACCUGCAUCAGAAGGCCUGGUACCUUGUAAUUCACUGUGUAUUGCUCACUCAAGAAGUAGCAUGGAGAUGGAAGGAAUAUUUAACCACAAAGACUCCCUUUCAGUCUCCAGCAAUGAUGCCAGUCCGCCAGCUUCAGUGACUUCACUUCAACCACAUAUGAUUGGUGCACAGAGUUCUCCUGGACCCAAGCGUCCUGGAAAUACUUUAAGGAAAUGGCUUACAAGUCCUGUGAGGAGACUUAGCAGUGGAAAAGCAGAUGGACAUGUGAAAAAAUUGGCUCACAAGCACAAAAAGAGAGAGGUGCGCAAGAAUGCAGACUCUGGCUCACAAAAGGAUUCCGAUGACAGUGCUGCAACACCCCAAGACGAAACUAUUGAAGAGCGAGUACGGAACGAAGGUCUCAGCAGUGGUACGCUUUCUAAGUCCUCAUCGUCCGGCAUGCAGAGCUGCGGAGAAGAGGAAGGUGAGGAAGGACCAGAUGCCGUUCCAUUGCCACCUCCAAUGGCUAUUCAGCAACACAGCCUUCUUCAGCCUGACUCCCAGGAUGACAAGACAUCAUCUCGAUUACUGGUACGUCCAACCAGUUCAGAGACUCCUAGCGCUGCAGAGCUUGUCAGUGCUAUUGAAGAACUUGUAAAGAGCAAAAUGGCUCUGGAGGAUCGCCCAAGCUCACUUCAAGUAGACCAAGGCGAUAGCAGCAGUCCAUCAUUUAAUCCUUCGGACACAUCUUUACUCUCCUCUUCUUCUCCGAUUGAUGAGAUGGAAGAAAAGAAGUCAAGCUCUUUAAAGAGACGACAUUACGUAUUACAGGAAUUGGUAGAAACUGAGCGGGAUUAUGUGCGAGAUCUUGGUUAUGUGGUUGAGGGAUAUAUGGCACUCAUGAAGGAGGAUGGUGUUCCAGAUGAUAUGAAAGGAAAAGAUAAGAUUGUUUUUGGCAACAUUCAUCAGAUUUAUGACUGGCACAGAGACUUCUUUUUGGGAGAAUUGGAAAGGUGCCUAGAUGAGCCAGAAAGACUGGCCUCACUAUUUGUGAAACAUGAGAGACGGUUGCACAUGUACAUAGUUUACUGCCAAAAUAAACCAAAGUCUGAACAUAUUGUUUCCGAAUAUAUUGAUACCUAUUUUGAGGACAUGAAACAGCGCCUAGGCCAUCGACUUCAACUUACAGAUUUGUUAAUAAAACCAGUACAAAGAAUUAUGAAAUAUCAGCUGCUUUUAAAGGAUUUCCUUAAAUACUCCAAGAAGGCAUGUGUGGACAUAUCCGAAUUAGAGAGAGCUGUGGAAGUCAUGUGCAUUGUACCGAAGCGAUGCAACGACAUGAUGAACGUUGGACGUCUGCAAGGAUUUGAUGGGAAGAUUGUUGCCCAAGGAAAAUUAUUACUGCAGGACACAUUCCUCAUCACUGAUCAAGACACAGGAAUAUUGCCACGCUGCAAAGAGAGGCGGGUCUUCCUCUUUGAGCAAAUUGUAAUCUUUAGUGAACCAUUGGAUAAAAAGAAAGGAUACUCGAUGCCAGGAUUUCUGUUUAAAAACAGUAUCAAGGUGAGUUGCCUUAGUUUAGAAGAAUGUGUCGAUGGUGAUCCUUGCAAGUUUGCACUGCUCUCAAGGUCAGCUGAUUCAACGGAAAUGUAUAUUUUGCAUUCGUCAUCCCCUGGUGUAAGGCAGGUGUGGAUCCAUGAAAUAAACCAAAUUUUAGAAAACCAGCGCAAUUUCUUAAAUGCCUUGACAUCACCAAUCGAAUACCACAGAAACCAUACUGGUGGAAGUAGUGGCAGCAGCGUCACAUCCACCAGUGGUCAGAGCAACUGUACUGGUUUGAGUGGCUCCAGUCGAAGCAGGCCCUCCCGGAUCCCUCAGCCUGUCAGACACCACUCCCCUGUCCUGGUCUCCUCUGCAGCUUCGGCACAAGCAGAGGCAGACAAGAUGUCAGGUAUGUCUGUGCGCCAUGCCUCAGUUUUACCUCUCAACCUCUCUUUAGACACUGCUCCCAGUCAACCAGACAGAAUUCAUCCUACCACAGAUACAGGGAGUCGUGAUAAAGAAUCCAAUUCAGUACCAAAGAUGAAAAGACUUGAAGGUCCCAGGAAAUGUGCUAGUGGAUUAUCAGAUGGUAUUCAUAAAGAAUUGCGUGGGAGCGCAGAAGAAAAUCGUUCAAGAAUUGGUUUGGGUACCCUUACAUUGGGAAAACCAAGGAAUGGCGCUACCUCACCUCUAAAUUCUCCUGUCUCAUCUAGUUUUCCAUCAUCUUUUGGCAAGGAAGCCUUUGCACCCAGCAGCCCCAUACAGAAAGGUUCUUUUUGGAGCUCAAUCCCAGGAUCUCCAGCUAGCCGCCCAGGCUCUUUCACUUUCCCUGGGGACAGUGACUCCCUCCAACGCCAGGUUCAUCGACAACCCACCCAGAACAAGGACACAGAUCGAAUGAGUACUUGCUCCUCGACUAGUGAGCAGUCAGUCCACUCCACCCAAAGUAAUGGGAGUGAAAGUAGCAGCAGUAGCAAUAUCUCCACCAUGCUGGUGACGCACGAUUACACAGCGGUGAAGGAGGAUGAGAUUAAUGUCUACCAAGGAGAGGUUGUACAAAUUCUGGCAAGCAACCAACAGAACAUGUUUCUGGUGUUUCGUGCUGCCACUGAUGAGUGCCCAGCGGCCGAAGGCUGGAUUCCAAGCUACAUCCUAGGCCAUACAAGUGCAAUCAUCACUGACAUGUCAGAUGGAACGCUGAAGAAGUCAUCAUCUUGGCAUACAGCACUUAGACUAAGGAAGAAAUCUGAAAAGAGGGAAAAAGAUGGCAAAAGAGAAACAAAACUAGAAAAUGGUUAUCGCAAAUCAAGAGAAGGACUUGCAAAUAAGGUAUCCGUGAAGCUCCUGAAUCCAAACUACAUUUAUGAUGCACCUCCAGAAUUUAUAGUACCUUUAAGUGAGAUAACAUGUGAGACAGGAGAGACAGUCACUCUUCGAUGUAAAGUUUGUGGUCGUCCCAAAGCAUCCAUUACAUGGAAGGGCCCAGACCAUAAUAUACUGGGCAAUGAUGAUCAUUAUAGCAUCAGUUACAGUGAUCUUGGUGAAUCAACACUUAAGAUUGCAGGUGUGACCACAGAUGACGAUGGUAUAUACACAUGUAUUGCUGCAAAUGAUAUGGGCUCCGUAUCAUCUUCUGCCUGUCUGCGAGUUUUAGGUGCAGUGUGUGACGGAAUGAGGGUAAUCUGGAAAGACAGCUUUGAUGUUGCUUACAGUGAAGUAGCAGAACUUGGCAGAGGCAGAUUCUCGGUCGUGAAAAAGUGUGAACAAAGAGUUACACGACGAGCAGUUGCCACUAAGUUUGUUAACAAGAAGUUAAUGAAGAGAGACCAGGUUACCCAUGAAGUUGGCAUCAUGCAGAGCCUGCAGCACCCACAACUCAUCAGCCUUCUCGAUACUUUUGAGACACCUAAUAGCUAUGUCCUAGUACUAGAGAUUGCUGAUCAAGGUCGAUUAUUAGACUAUGUGGUCCGCUGGGGAAACCUCACGGAAGAAAAGAUUACAUCCUACCUAAGAGAGGUGUUGGAGGCUCUAGUGUAUUUACACAACUGCAGAAUAGUGCACCUAGACCUAAAGCCUGAAAAUAUUCUUGUGGACCAGAGCCUUACCAAGCCAACUAUAAAAUUGUCUGACUUUGGUGAUGCAGUUCAGCUUAAUACCACCUAUUACAUUCACCAGUUGCUGGGCAGUGCAGAGUUUGCAGCUCCGGAGAUUAUCCUCGGAAACCCUGUCUCACUCACUUCUGAUAUGUGGAGUGUUGGAGUUCUCACAUAUGUCCUUCUCAGUGGCGUUUCUCCUUUCCUGGACGAAAGUAUGGAGGAGACUUGCCUGAACAUUUGUCGCUUGGAUUUUAGCUUCCCUGAUGAUUACUUCAAGGGAGUCAGCCAGAAGGCCAAAGAAUUUGUUUGUUUCUUACUGCAGGGAGACCAGUCAAAGCGUCCCACUGCUGCUGCAUCCAUGCAGGAACAGUGGUUACAGCCAGGUCGCCACAAAGGUGGUGGAGUCCUUGAUAUGUCAAGACUGACCUCAUUUAUCGAGCGCCGUAAACACCAGAAUGAUGUUCGAUCUAUUGGUAGCAUUAAAAACUUCUUACAGAGUAGGCUUUUGCCAAGAAUUUGAAAUCCAAAUGGAGUGUUUUCUCAUUCUCUUUCACCUAUCUGCCAAGGAGAUAAUCUCUCCAGCCAAUUAACUUUUUUUUUUUUUUUUUUUUUUAACUUUACUUUUGGGAGAUAGAAAAUGUUAUAAUAAAUGGCAGAAAAUGUGCAUCGUGCGAUAUUGCAUUGUAAAAUCCACUCACCUCUAUUUUUGGGAUUCCAAAAUCCCAGCUACGUUGGGAUGGGUGUGGUGGAGAAGAUUUUGUACUCUGCUUAAAAAAGGGACAGAACACAGCUUUGCUGUAACAGUAUUUUAUUCAGGUUUCUGCAAAAAAAAAAAAACAAAUGAAAAAAAAAAAGAACAUUCAAACAAACGAAGAGAACAAAAAACACUAUUUUUUAAAAUGAAAAAGAAUUUUGCAAGCUCAAUCUUUUUUUUUUUUUUUCCUUCAAAAGUUUAUUAAAGGAAACAAUCUCAUACCCACAAGCAAACUGCUCAUGCUAUAUACUCCAUAACAUUUUGAAAAGUUGGCCGUUGUGAAAUAGUUGCCCUGACUAUACAUUAAAGCCAAAUCCAUUUUAUUUUGUUCAUUUCCUCCCCCUCCCCCCACGGUCAUAUGCUUUUCCUGUGUUUUUCAUAUACACUGGUUCUUACUUGGAGUAAUUUUUUGCAUACAAUAGAAUGGAAGGUUUUCCUCUGAUAACAUGUAAGCCUUAUAUGUAAAUAGACAAUCUAUUUAACAGCACCCUAUAAUAUUUCAAUCUGUUUUUUUUUGUUUUGUUUUUUUUCGGUAUGAAGGAGUGAUUGAGCAAAAUAGCAGAAAGACAAGCAUCUUGUUUAGUCAAUACAUGCUUUUUGUAAGUACAGAAACUCUUCCUCCAUAAUCAUAUGAGGAUCUGGAAUUCAGAAAAAUAUGAAAAUACUGUAAAUGCACUCAUUGAAUCCUAGGAUUUUUUUAUUUUGUUUACUUUUUUCAUAUCAUGUGCAAUGUUGUGGCUUUAACAUUUUAUGCAACUAUUUAUGAAAAACUAUGUUGUAACAGUAAUAAAUAUAUAGAAAAGCACAAAGUACUGCACGCUUUAUACUUUCAUCAGUGGUUUAUUGGUCGAGAGGGACAGAGGGGAGACCCUUUAAAGUUAGUUAUGAGAUUUUUUUUUUUCCUUAAAUUAUGGUAAAUUCAUAUAGCAGUUAAGAAUGCAGGAUCAACAUAUAGAACAUAUUUUUUAUGUUUUGCCUGUAAUGGUAUCUAACAAUUCUGUAAUGGGAAUGGUUCCUUCUCGUCACUGCAUAUAAACUGUCAUAAGCCCAUUAAUAGCAAUAAUCCAAUAUUUCUAAAGGUGAACUCAGGAAUCACCCUCGGUCGUGAUCAAAGAAUAAUUCUCUUGUAACAACUACUUGAUGAAAUCAGUUUAACAUAAAUUAUGCACUAGACAGCAGUAAUAGGUUUUUUAAAAAAAACUCAAACAUUCACUGAAUGGAAAGCAGGGACAUGCUUUUUGACAUAUUGAUUUUGUUGCAAGUGUUAUUUGAAGUACGUUUUUUUUUUUGUUUUUUUUGUUGCAAUGCCAAAGUAUUACUUUUUUCAUAUUUUAUUUUUAAAGGCAUAGUAUAUGUGUUUUUUUGGUUUUUAUAUUUUUUCAUAUAAAGAUCAUGAUUUCCCUUGCAAAAAUCUAAAACUGUUGUUUUUCUUAGCCUGUUGGUUGCAGUUUUAAAGAGCUCAUGUCACUGGCAAUAGCAAAAAUUAGAAGACCAAGAACAUUUGAAGGUCAAAUUUACCUUUGUGCUUGUGAAUGAUAAUGCCUGCAUAUCACAUUAACCUUGUGUGCAAAGCCAUUCCAUCAUUCAGCAGGUGGUUAAAAAUAUAUAUCCAUGAUCUUUUGAAAAUGCAAUAUCCACUCUUACUAUUUCUUUUAGCUCAGAAAGUAACCUGUUGGAUCUGUCAUUUUAAUGAAACAUUUGGUGCCUGCAUUGUAUUAAAUGUGCUUGUAUUGUAGCAUGUUUAAAAUGCAUUGCACUUCCCCAGACUAAUUCAUUUGAUAUUAAAAUAUUCUUAUAUUGCACACGCCACCACUUAACUCUAAAAUAUAAGAGAGUAAAUGGUGAUGAAAUUUAUUCAGGGUCUUGUACUUUAAAUUAAAAAAAAUUCAUAUUAGUCAUAGAAUUUAAGACCACUGAAACUGUCUAACAUUUCAGCUAUACAACAUAGAAAUGGCAGGAUUAUAUAGAGGAAGGCACUUUAAUUAAUUGGCCAAUUUAGAUCAAAUUAUUCUUCAAAAAUAUGUAAGUGUGAACUGACCUUUCCAAAAAAUGUUGGUGCAUAAUACCAUUUAUCUCCAUAAGGAGGUGACAAAUGCUGUCCUUAAAACUAGAUACAGUAUAUUGCUGAAAUAAAUAACGAUGUAAGCCUUAUUCUGUAUGAGAUCUUUGAUUUUAAAUUAUAAGUGUAGAAGUAGAUGUUAGCUCUGUAUGUACUUACACUUACUAUUUAUUGUUUUUAUUUUGUAAAGCUGUACAGAAACAUUUUAAAACUGGAUGUAUAAGCAUGCCAAACCUCAUUACAUUGUUUGUGUUAUUUCCAUAUGGUUUAUAGUCAUAUAAUUUUAGUUUCAUUUUUUUAAUUUUUUCUUGUUUUGCAUGUAUAUUUCUUUGUACAGAAACAUUGUGUUUACACAGUAUGUGAUGUAUAUAUUUCAUUUUGCCAUCAGUUAUUUUACAGAUUAAACAUAUUUGACAUGA